AUGGAUGGGUCGUCGCAGGUGUCGAUAAAGUGCGUGCUGGUGGGCGACACGGGGGUGGGCAAGACUGCGCUGCUGGUGCGAUUCACCUCGGAGACCUUCCCGGACUGCUACAAGCCCACGGUGUACGACAGCCUGGGCGUGGAGGUGUUCAUGGACGGCGUGCAGAUCGGCCUGGGUCUGUGGGACACGGCCGGCAGCAGCACCUUCCGGCAGAUCCGCCCCAUGUCCUACCAGCAGGCCGACGUGGUGCUCCUCUGCUACUCGGUGGCCAACACCAACUCCUUCGAGAGCGUGCGCCAGCGUUGGAUCGGCGAGGUCCGCGAGCACCUGCCCCACGUGCCGGUGCUGGUGGUGGCCACGCAGACAGACCUGCGCGAGUCCGGCCCGCACCGGGCCAACUGCCUGCCCUCGUCCGAGGGCAAGCGCCUGGCGCACGACAUCCACGCCAAGGGCUACCUGGAGUGCUCGGCGCUAAGCAACCGGGGAGUGCAGCAGGUGUUUGAGUGCGCCGUGCGCACGGCCAUCAACCAGGCCAAGAGAGGGACCCGCAAGAAGGCCAUCAACCACUGCAGGAUAUUUUAA